GUUGCUCUAUUGCAAAAUCAAGUGCCACUGGCAGAUGCCCAGUGCUUUUAGAGGCCUGUGUAGGGUGCUGUGUGCUACUGACAGGAGGAGGGCUCCAACCUGGAGCUAUUAAUACCACCACCAAUAGAAUCGAUGGGGAAAACUUAUCCUCUUACGUUGACAGGAUAGCAAAGGAGGGAGGGGAGAGAGAUAGAGACAGUGAGACACAUAGAGCAGCAGCAGCUCUGACGCAGUUUAGUUUCUGACAAAUUAUCCUUUAUGAUUUCAAAAUGAAGAGCAAAACAAAUGUUUAAGUCACAGUUUUGUUUCUAUUGUACUCUAUCUCUCUUUCUCUUUUCAUCUCUCUCUGUCUCUAUCAGUUUUUGUUUUACACUCUCUUGCUUGUCACAACACACUUACUUAACAUCGGGCAUGUAAUGCUAUUAGCUUUGUACCCACAUGUUUGUAUGUGACCCUGUCUGUGUGCAUGCUGACUUCAGAGCAACAAGCUGAUAUAUAAGCAGUCCUCAGUCAGGCGCCUUUUUCUCCUGUUGGUUCAAUUAUGAACACACUGCCAGGCUUUUCCGGAGCCAGGAUCUCAGGCUGCUGGGCUUUAAGGGCAGAUAGCAGUAGGAGAGGUGAAGGCUCUCUGGACAGACUUCUCCCAUCUGUCAACACAGGUCUUUCACCACGCAAACGAACCACCAGCCAAUGCAAAUCAGAACCCCCCCUGCUGCGCACAAGCAAGAGAACUAUCUAUACAGCAGGUCGUCCACCCUGGUACAAUGAACAUGGCACCCAGUCCAAAGAAGCAUUUGUCAUUGGUCUUUGUGGAGGAAGUGCUUCUGGUAAAACAACAGUAGCCCGGAAGAUAAUUGAAGCUUUGGAUGUUCCUUGGGUUGUGCUCCUUUCAAUGGACUCCUUUUACAAAGUCCUUUCAGAUGAAGAACAGUUUCUAGCUGCAAGCAAUGACUAUAAUUUUGACCACCCUGAUGCAUUUGACUUCAACCUGCUUGUCUACACACUCCGAAAACUUAAACAGGGCAAGAGUGUGAAGAUACCAGUGUAUGACUUCACUACACAUGGCCGUCAGAAAGAGUGGAAAACUGUGUAUGGUGCCAGUGUCAUUAUAUUUGAAGGAAUAAUGUCCUUUGCAGAUAAGGAGUUGUUGAAGUUGUUAGACAUGAAAAUAUUCGUGGAUACAGAUUCUGACAUACGACUGGUACGGAGGCUUAGGAGGGACAUUUCUGAGCGAGGCCGAGAGAUUGAAGGAGUUAUCAAACAGUACAACAAAUUUGUAAAGCCUGCCUUUGAACAAUAUAUAGAGCCGACCAUGAGACUAGCAGAUAUUGUUGUGCCACGAGGGGGUGGGAACAUGGUGGCUAUUGAUCUGAUUGUUCAGCAUGUGCACAGUCAGCUGGAAGAGAGGAAACUCCGCUGGGAUAUGGCGGCGCUGGCCUCUGCCCAUCAAGCUCAGCCCCUACCCCAAACACUCUGUGUUUUGGAGAGCACGCCGCAGGUCCGCGGUAUGCACACCAUUAUCAGGAAUAAAGAGACAAGCAGAGACGAGUUCAUCUUCUACUCCAAAAGGCUGAUGAGACUCCUCAUUGAGAGAGCGCUCUCCUUCCUUCCAUCUCAGGUCCAUGUUGUUCAUACCCCACAAGGCCAGGACUAUGAAGGAAGGACCUUUCAAGGGAAGAGGGUCACCGGGGUAUCGAUCCUCAGAGCAGGAGAAACCAUGGAGCCUGCACUCAGAGCCGUCUGCAAAGAUGUUCGUAUUGGCAAGAUUUUAAUCCAGACCAAUCAGGACACAGGAGAGCCUGAGUUGCAUUACUUGCGUCUGCCCAGAGAUAUCAGUGAGGACCAUGUGAUCCUUAUGGACUGUACUGUGUCCACUGGUGCUGCGGCCAUGAUGGCAGUGCGAGUCCUACUGGACCAUGAUGUACAGGAGGAUAAAAUUCUGUUGGUCUCUUUGCUGAUGGCUGAGAUGGGGGUCCACUCAGUAGCCUAUGCCUUUCCUCAGGUCAAAAUAAUCACCACUGCUGUUGACAAAAAGGUCAAUGACCUUUUCCACAUUAUUCCUGGCAUAGUAGUCAAACUGUUGCAAAGGGGCCUUGGUUUUUGUUAACAUCUUGUCAGCAACUUAGAAAAAGCAUGGAACUUUGGGGAUCGGUACUUUGGCACUGAUGCACCGCCUGAUUGGAGUGACGAAGACAUGGAUGAACCCAGCUGUUAAAAGCUACACCGAUCCUGCUGAACUUGAGCACAUGGCUGGACACUUAAUGCACUAUAGACCUAAUGGGUCUGACUUGCAAAAUAUAGUUAAAUACCACAAGCAGCAAAUAUUUUAUAUACUUUUUAGUGUCUUUGGAAAAUCUAGCAUAUUGAAGUUUUUUAAAAUGUGAACAUUUAUUUUUAAAAAUGUAAAUGUUGAAAUGUAUAUUAAAAUAUCUGUGGUAUUGUUUUACAAUUUUACAAUAUUGUUUUAUUGUCAACAAGGAAAUAUGAUUUUAUUUUAGUAGGUUGCUUUUAUGCCACAUUUCUUUCUUUUGUUUGUUUUUAGGAUUACAGGUUUCUGAAAACACAUUGACAAACAGGUCUACCUUAGAGCUUUGUUGUGCCGCACAAAGUGAGUUCUUUUAACGACCACUUCAUCGGAAAAUGUGUGUGGGUGUUGUUUCUUUAACUUGGUUUCCCCUCUACCUGCAAAGAAAUUGCUGACCAAACCAUGAUAGUCUGUUAAUGUUGGGCUUGAUCUUUUUAGAACAAUGAAUUGAACAAUGAAAUUAGUAUUUGGCCUAAAAAUAUAUACCUGCUUUAUUGUUUAUUUUCAAACAAGUCUAAAAUUAGAUGAAAAUGAGAGCAUAUUUAUUGAGGGGGGGGGUUUGUACACCUCUGUAAACACUUACUUAUGCAAGUCUCUUAGAGCCAUGACAAAAUAGCAAAGCAGAAUUAGCAUUAGAUUUAAAAAAUAAUAAUAAUAAUAACUUGAGUGAAUUAUGAUCACUAAUUAUUUGGUCACAAAAGUAGGGACUUUUUCAGGUCAAAUGAAAUGAAUCAUGUGUGGUACAGAAUAUCUUAUUCUUUAUUAUAAAUAGAUUUUUUUUACACACACACACAAUGUGUGUGUGUGUGUGUGUGUGUGUAUAAACAUAAACAUUGCCUAGAGCAUCACACUGCCUCCACCGGCUUACCUAAUUCCAAUAGUGCAUCCUGGUGCCAUCUCUUCCGUACGAAAGCGAUGCAGACACACCUGGCUGCCCACAUGAUGUAAAAGAAAAUGUGAUUCAUCAGACCAAGCAACCUUUUCUGUUGUUCCAUGGUUCAGUUUUGAUGCUCACAUGCUCAUUGUAGGCGGCUUUUGGUAGUGGACAGGGGUCAGCAUGGGCACUCUGGCCGGUCUGUGGCUACGCAGCCCCAUACGCAAUGCACUGUACAACACCUUUCUAUCAUAGCCAGCAUUAACCUUUUCAGCAAUUUGUGCUACAGUAGCUAUUCUGUGACAUCAGACCAGACAGGUUAGCCUUUGUUCCCCACGCACAUCAGUGAGCCUUGGGUGCCCAUGACCCUAUUGCCAGUUCACGGUUGUCCUUCCUUGGACCACUUUUGGUAGGUACUAUCCACUGCAUAACGGGAACACUCCACAAGACCUGAGGUUUUGGUUUUGGUGAUGGUCUCACCCAGUCGUCUAGCCAUCACAAUUUGGCCUUUGUCAAAGUAGCUCAGUAACUUUUGCCCAUUUUUCCUGCUUCCAACACAUCACCUUCGUAUGUCAGUACUGUUUAUCUAUUUAUGCUAUUUAUUCUAUGCUGUGUAUUUAUUGUAUAGUAAAUCUAAACCAAAAUUUCUAUGUUGAUAUAUUUAUGUAACAUUAAAACUUUGACAAAAUGUGUCACUGUCACUUGCAAGAUACAAAAGGCUAACUAAAAAGCCAAACGCUCCUGGAAGUUUAAAUCUAAUUAAAUUUACAUUUUCAAUAAAUGUACAUUUUAGUUUCCCAUCUAAUUUUAAAACAGGCAUGUAGGUUUCCGUUUACUAAAUUACAGGAAAAGGAUUUUUACUUUGAAAGCACAAAAUAUUUUUCCAUUAUGACAUGUCUGAUGACUAUGUAAGUGUUAUAUGGUGUACAUGUUACUGUUUUUUUUUUUUUUAUGUGAUGCAAAUUUUCUUGAAAAGCAUUUGCAUAUCAACAAGCUAUGUUAAAUAUGUAGCUUGGAAUCGACCAUUCAUAUUCAACCCAGAGGUCCUGUACUGUAACACUUGGUUGCAAACUAUGUGUUUCAUUUUAUUUUGAGUGAGCUAAAUAAUACAGGUUUGUCAUCUGUAAGUCUUAUUUUAAAAAAUUUCCUUUCAUAUAACCAGUACACACCACCAGCCCUAUUAAUUAUUUGACUUGCUGUAGAUACAGGAGGAAGAAACUGUAAGGUUUGUGUAUGGAAGGUAUGUUAGGCUUUUUUCAUCCUAUUUAUCAGGUAUGAAUUAGUUCACUGCUUUAAACAAUAUUUAGAUUUAAAAUGUUUAUAUUAAUAUAAACCUUGUGUUACAGACUAACAAACUGUAAAAAUGAAAUAAAUAAAUAAAAGAUUUGUUUUAAAUGCCUCAAAAGAGUAUGUAUACCUUUUUUUCUUUUCUUUACCUGUAUCAUAAUGCAUGGGUCUUUAAAAUAAGAGCAAAUAAAGAGUUUAAGAGUAUAUGUAGAAUUUUGUGUAUUUGAUUAUUUUAAAAAAUCAAUCAAUCAAUAAAUUUCCUUAUUGCAUGUGUGACCAUAAAUAACUCUUAAGCUGUUGUCAAGAUGUACACUUUUAUCCCUUUUAGUCAUGGCAUAUGACAUAUUUUACAUACAGCCAUAUAUCUUUGUUUUAAACAUGCAUUCUGUGGAUAGUAAGACAACGCGUUAAUGUUUCAAAUACACAGGAAGGAUACUGUGGUUGUCCUCUGCACAUGGAAACUAACCUAGCUAUCUUUCAACACUUUCCAUAAUUAAGCUCCUUUUAAACAACUAUAACUGAAAAUUGAUCAUGCAGCUGAAAGUCAUUUUAGUUAGUGGAUAGGAUAUUGGGAAAAAUUGUGUGAAAAAGUAAAACUCAUAAGUAUAGCAGAGUUUCUCAUAUGGGUGCAUGAAAAAAAUUAGAAUGGUUAAUGCUAAAUGUAGCUAUAAGGGCAAGUGUGUAAAAUCUGGUAAUGUAUGGUCCAUUUUUGUGUGAAGACAGUAAAUGACAUAUAGUAGAAAACAAUGAAGCUGUGGGAAAUCUACAUCGUACCAGUUUUAUAUUGGAUUUAAAUGCUUCCUUCUAUUAGAGCAUCCUUUUGUUAACACAUUAAAAAAAUAGGUGUUAUAAAGCACUUUUAAAUUGGAAAGGCUGUGCUGAUUUUUUUUUCUCAAGGUCUUCAAUAUUAAGAUGUCAUGGAAAGUUUACCACAAGCUACCUCAUAGUGACAAACAGGAAGGAGGUGCCUGUUUGUAUGUGGCAGUGCUCACAUCCCCAAUAGCAGUAUCAGGCCGAACAGGCCACAGAGUGGUGAUGUGUGAGUGAGUGCUUAUGGUGUUCUGAAUUCUGUCUCUCUUACUGUGGACCAGUGUGUGUCUCUCAGUGUUCUCUACAAAUAACUGGUGGCAGGGUGUGGAUCUCUUUGCUCAGUUGUGUCAAAGCUCUUACAGGUUUACUUUGGAAGUGGGGAGUGGCUUCGGUUCCUCACUGUGUCUGGGCAGCACUUUCAAGGACUGUCAAACCUGAGAAUGCUGAAGUUUUGGGUCAAUCUCAGGUUCGUCAGCCCAUGAAAAGCUGUCUCCAUCCAAUCCUAGUAUGAGCAGUAAAGUUUUAGUUUUUUGUGUCAUUUUUUAGCAAUGUGGUAAUUUUUGGUGACCUGAUUAGUGAUUUCAGAAGCGUUACAUCUACCUAUUUAUUUAAAAUUGUUAAUAUAUAUUUUGCAUUACUAUAUGGAUUACAUACAAUUAAACCUACUCUUCAUUUAUAUAUGAAUUUAUUUGUUCCUGUUGAUCCUGCUUUUUUAUUAUUAAGGAGCAUGAUGUGUUAUGUUGUGACAUUUAUCACUUUGUAUUAUUUCUCAAUAUUGAAUGUUUAUUAAUUCACUGCAAAUGAAAAAUCUGGUUAACUGCCAAAAUAAAUGAUGUACACAUUCUUCA